AUUUCCUCGGGUUAAGGCCAUCUAUCGUCCCUCUACUAUAAAAAAUAGUGCAUUCUAAACCUUCUACUAUGGAUUGGCUUCAUGUCGUCCCUCUACUAUUAAUUAACUCUACCUGUCGUCCCUCUACAAUGCAAAACCAUGCUAAUGUCGUCCCUCCGUCAAUGUGUUUAUUCAUCAAAGUUUACAAUCAGGAACAAGUGCAGCAAUCCAGUUUGGCCGGUGAUUCUCUCUGGUGCCGUUACACCACAUUUGUCCACCACAGGUUUUCCUCUCCCCCCAGGGGAAUCCAUAUCCCUUUCUGUCUCAACAUCCUGGUCAGCCAGUUUAUGGGGACGCACUCUCUGCACCCAAGAUUCCUCCGGUAAAUUCUCUUGUCUCACUGGAGAUUUUGCCUCUUCCACUAUGGCACCAUCCCGUGGUGCCCCUGUUCCUCCUGCCACCCUGGCCAAAUUCACACUUAACGGUGCAGGAGGGCUUGAUUUGUACGAGGUCAGUCUUGUGAGCGGCUAUAAUCUGCCAAUGAUGGGGGCCUCACACGGCGGGACCGGAGGGAACUGCUCGUCCACCGGAAGCGCCGCUGACUUGAACGAGGAUUGCCCGGUGGAGCUUAGGAUUAUUGAUGAGAGUAAUGAAGGGGUGGUGGUCGUGGCGUGCAAGAGCGCUUAUGAUGGGUUCGGAGACGCCCAGUACUGCUGCAAUGCAUAUGACGAUGGGAGCAGCACAUUCACCAGCACCGGCGCAGAUUAUGUCAUUACUUUCUGUCCUGAUCUUUCAACUGGAUUGAAUUUGAUAGCAAAGGCAGCGACACCUGUUCUGGAAGAUACAACUGCUGAAACAAAGUCCUGCAAUACUUCACCUGCAACUGCUACUAGUGACGUUGUUAAUGUCCUUCCUCAUUACCCCAGGAGGUUGCUGGUUAAGCCACCGAAUGUUAACUUCUAUGCUCCAUCGUCAACCUCAAAUGAGAACAGCUGGAAUUUGGAAAAGGAAGACCCGUCAAGGCCUCUUGCGCCAAUUGGCAGGCCACCCGUCCAUGAUUCUGUGCCAAUAGGCAAGUCGAAUGAGGACGACCCACCAAGCCCUUCUAUGCCAAUUGGCAAGCCGGAUAAGGAAGACCCGCCAAGGCCUCCUGCACCAAUGAGCAGGCCACCUAUCCAUGAUUCUGUGCCAAUAGGCAAGUCAAAUGAGGAAGACCCACCAAGCCCUCCUGUACCAAUUGGCAAGUCAGACAAGGAAGACCCACCGAAGCCUCCUGCACCAAUUGGUAGGCCACCCGUCCAUGAUUCUGCACCAAUUGACAAGUCAGACAAGGAAGACCCGCCGAGGCCUCCUGCACCAAUUGGCAAGCCACCCCGUCCAUGAAUAAGGUCUUUUCUUUCUUUUUUUUUUCAUCAUCCAUGACUAGGGUCUAGUGCACCAGUUUGAAGGAAUGAGUAAAGUUUGUACGGUUCU